GUCAGAACUCUGUGUUGGAACGAGUCAGUCAGCGCGAGAAGGCUGUUCUAUUUUAACUUUAGAAGUUCUUUUUUUUUCGUCGGUUUUUUUUUUUUUUUUAAAAACGAAAGGCAUGCGCGUGAGUGAGUCAGUCAGUGAGUCAGUCAGUCAGCGAGUGAGUCAGUCAGUCAGUCAGCGAGUGAGUCAGUCAGUCAGUCAGUCAGUCAGCGAGUGAGUCAGUCAGUGAGUCAGUGAGUCAGUCAGUCAGUCAGUCAGUCAGUCAGCGAGUGAGUCAGUCAGUCAGUCAGUCAGUCAGCGAGUGAGUCAGUCAGUGAGUCAGUGAGUCAGUCAGUCAGUCAGUCAGCGAGUGAGUCAGUCAGUCAGUCAGUCAGUCAGCGAGUGAGUCAGUCAGUGAGUCAGUGAGUCAGUCAGUCAGUCAGUCAGCGAGUGAGUCAGUCAGUCAGUCUGGCUGAGCAGCCGAGAAACCGUUUUACGGGGGGUGGGUGGAAGAAAGGCAGAACAGCGGCGCUCCAGUAACUUUUUAGACCCCCUUCCCCCAAGAUAUUUAUCAAAUUUUUUUUUUUUUUUUUCAACUUUUAUAUGAUUUUUUUUUUAAACACGCUUUUUUAAAGAAAUUGGAUACCCGUUUUUUUUUUUGUUUUUUUUUUUAAUACUGUAAUGUUUACUCGAGGGUCGAAGAAACGACGGUCGAAUAAACCUCAGGGUGAAGGGGAGGACCCUGACCUGGGGCAGCCUUGUCUUCGCUGUGGGGAGCAGUGUCCAGGCUUCAGGCUGCACGGAUGGAGGAAGAUCUGCCUGCAUUGUAAAUGCCCUCGUGAAGACCACGCUGUGCGCUCCGUCCCGGGUGAUCUGGAGCGGAUGAUGCUGAAGCUGGUCUCUGGUUUCCAACGGCACUCCAUCUCCGAUGAUGACUCGGGUUGUGCAUCCGAGGAGUUCGCCUGGGUCCCCCCCGGACUCAAACCGGAGCAGGUGUACCAGUACUUCAGCUGUCUCCCCGAGGACCGGGUUCCCUACAUCAACAGCCCUGGAGAGCAUUACAGGAUCAAACAGCUGCUGCACCAGCUCCCCGCACACGACAGCGAGCCUCAGUACUGCAACUCUCUGUGCGAGGAGGAGAAGAAGGAGCUGAGAGUGUUCAGCCAGCAGAGGAAGAGAGAGAACCUGGGGAGAGGCAGCGUGAGACUAUUCCCUGUGACCAUGACUGGAGCCAUCUGUGAGCAGUGUGGGAAGCAGAUCCGGGGGGGAGACAUCGCUGUGUUUGCGAGCCGGGCGGGGCACGGAGCCUGCUGGCACCCCCAGUGCUUCCAGUGCAGCACCUGCCAGGAGCUCCUGGUGGAGCUCAUCUACUUCUACCAGGAGGGCAAGAUCUACUGCGGGAGACAUCACGCUGAGAGACUGAAACCACGCUGCCAGGCCUGCGAUGAGGUGAUCCUGGCAGACGAGUGCACGGAGGCGGAGGGCCGGCACUGGCACAUGAAGCACUUCUGCUGUUUGGAGUGCGAGGCGGCGCUGGGGGGGCAGCGCUACAUCAUGAGAGAGAGCCGGCCGUACUGCUGCCCCUGCUACCAGAGUCUGUAUGCAGAGUACUGUGAUACCUGCGGAGAGAACAUCGGUAUUGACCGUGGUCAGAUGGCGUAUGAGGGGCAGCACUGGCACGCCACGGUCGAGUGUUUCUGCUGCUCUCGCUGCGGGCUGGCUCUCCAGGGGCGCCCUUUCCUCCCCAAGCAGGGCCUCAUCUUCUGCUCCCGCGCCUGCAGCCUCGGGGAGGACCCCGACAACUCGGACUCCUGUGACUCCGCCUUCCAGAGCAGCAGCGACCCCUGCAGGGCCGGAGGAGGCAAGGCAGGCAGGAGAGGGAGCGGCUCUGCCAUCUGCAGGCGGGAGGAGAGAACUGCAGCCCGGAGAGAGGUGGAACACAAACAAAUACAACGGCAAAGGAGUAUAGGAAAUGGAGUUUCAGCUGCAGUGCAGCUGACUCCUCCCCAGACCACUCCCAGCGCAGUGAGGAUAGCCAAUGGCAUCCACCCCAAGAGCUCUGCAGCCAGUCAGGAGCUAGGGGCGGACCCAUCACUGAGCCGUAGUGGAUUGAGGGGCUCCACUUCCAGGGCUGAGCGGCCAAUCAGCUGCCUGGGCUUCUCUGAGGAGAUGCAGCUUGGCCACUCCCCCUCGCGCCGGACUUCUCGUGGCACGUCCACGUCACGAGACUCGAGUGGCAAACAGGAGCCCAGAGCCGGGACAGAUACCUGGAGGCCCCAUCACUCUCAGCGCUACUCAAUGCCAGACCUGGGUAGCCCCUCCCCUCCUCCCCUGGAGCGAUCCAAUUCGUUGCGUCUCCACUUUGACCCCUCUGCGUCCCCGCAGCCCCCCCGCGACCUCUCACCCCAGCUCUCCCGCUCCACCUCGGCACGCGUCAGCUUCCGGGAGCCAAUCAGUGUCAGCUUCCAGCCCCCGCAAGAAGAGGAUGGGGAGGAGGACCUACAGCAGCAGGAAGAGGAAGGGUGGGAGGAGGAGGGGGGACAGGAAGUGGGCGGCAGGAGGCAGAGCAGGUUCCCAAGGCAACUGUUUGGGGGGGAGGGGCCUGACUUGAAUCUUCUCGACGAGACGUCCCAUCACCGCAGCUUCCGAAGUCAGAGGCGGGCGGGCGGCUGCAGGGCGAGCUCCAAAAACGCCCUUCACUUUGGGACGGGACCCCGCUAUCGAGGCUCAAGGAGCGAGAGGCCUGGGGUGCACACCAGGGAGGACGCACACGCCCCCGUCCCGCACACAGAUCGUUCUGGCCACACCGCUGGGCUGAGGAUCCACGUAGACCCCGCAGCGCACCCACCCUGCCACCGGAGGGAGCCCCACAGCCACUACUGCUCCUCCAGCUCCUCCUCAUCGGACUCUGAAGAAGAGGGCUUCUUCCUGGGGGAGCCCAUCCCCCUGCCCCCCCAGCUGCGCGACCUCCCCCCCAGGACAAGGGAGGAUUGGGACAGAGGGGUGGGCGAGCGGGAGAAGGGAACAGCGGGGAGAGGAGGGGGCAAGAGGAGGAAGGGGAACAGCAGGAGCGGCAAAGACGGGGAUAAGAACUGCAUCAUGUCAUAAUGGAACAGGGCUGAGACACACCAGCUAUUGGAAAAAGACUAAGAUGUUUUUUUUCAAAUGACUGAAACUGCCAAACUUUCUUCUGAUUUUUUUUUUUUAUGAUCUGAUUAUUUGUUUUUUAUAGGCCAAUGGAAUCACAAUUACAUUAUAACUGUAGUGUUUAAAAAUGGAUUUUAAAGAAUCCUUGGUUGCCGUCCUUAUAAAAGGGGGACCAGUGAUCAAGUUGCUGAUGCUAAUAAGAAGGAAUACAUUUUAUGUUGGAGCCUGCUGGCAGCCUUUUAAAAGGGGGGCAGUGAUGAUGUUCUAGUUCUAGUAAGAGGUAAGAGAAUGGAUUUUAAAGAUGGUCAGCGCUAAAGAGAGACCAGUCAUCAUGUUGCUAAUACGAGGGAAGACAGUAGAUUUGAAAGCGUUUCACGAGACAGUGUCUCACAGUCGCUGGGGGCAUGCUGUUAAAGCACAGAGGCAGGAAUGAGAAUGUUAUUAGCUAUUGUACUGAAUUUCUGUUGUUAAAUUAUUGGGUUUAUAUUUUUAUAUAUAGUUUUUUUAAAAACAUUUUUUUAAAAAUUGUUGUUAUUAUUAAUUUGCAAAAGGCCCGUCAACAUCCCAAGACCACCACACAUAGCUGAUUGAUGCAACCCAGACUGAUUCCAGCUGUGGCUUAUUACAGCAGCGUCUGAAUACAAAAAAAAAAAAAAAAAAAAAAACUCC